UCAAACCAACAACUUUCUCUCUCUUUUCACAUUUUCUUUCUAACAUAUUCUAUUAUUUAUUCAUUUCUCCGGUCAGACACCACCUCUAAUCUCCACCCAACUCCUUACUUUUUCCCUUUUCUCACUCUCACAGACUUCUUGAGUUUUGACGCUCAUCAUCUCUCUCUCUCUCUCAUCAAAAGCCCAACAAAUUCGGAGGUCUAUUUCCGUAAUUUCGCCGAUCUCCGACAUCGAAGAUGAACCCGCCGCAACCGCUGUCGUCUCAUCCCGAACCGAACCGUCCGCUUCCGACAAUCCACAUCCAACCGUCUUCUUCGACCUCUUCCCAGCGGAGGAUCGCGAUCGCCGUCGAUUUGAGCAACGAGAGCGCCUACGCCGUCCGAUGGGCGGUCCAGAACUACCUCCGUCCCGGCGACGCCGUGAUCCUCCUCUACGUGCGUCCCACGAGCGUCCUCUACGGCGCCGACUGGGGCUCCAUCGACCUCAACCUCGGCGGUGGCAACGACGACGUCGUUUCGUCGGAGGAGUCGCAGAGGAAGAAGCUGGAGGACGAUUUCGACGCCUUCACGACGACCAAGGCCCAGGACCUGGCCCAGCCCCUGGUGGAGGCCCAAAUCCCGUUCAGAAUCCACAUCGUCAAGGACCACGACAUGAAGGAGAGGCUUUGCCUGGAGGUGGAGAGGCUAGGGCUCAGCGCCGUCAUCAUGGGGAGCCGUGGGUUUGGGGCUUCCAAGCGGACGGCCAAGGGGAGGCUCGGGAGCGUCAGCGAUUACUGCGUCCACCACUGCGUUUGUCCGGUCGUGGUGGUCAGGUUUCCCAAUGAGAAGGACGAGGCUUGUGGCGGCGAUGUUGACGGCGGCGUCGCUGGUUGUGCGGCGGCGGGUCAGCAUGUUGAGCUUCAUCCUGUGCCGGAGGAAGACCAGGAGUACCACGAUGCUUCCGAUGAGCCCAAAGAUGUAUAACGAUUGUUUGAUUGGAAUUGCAAGAUUUCUCAUCAUUUCAGAAACUGACCCAACGCAACCAGGAAGAAGUCUCAAUGUUGUCGCUUACAGGGUUGCAAAGUGUUUUAAGAUGUGUGUAAUUUCUUGUUAACACUUGUAUUUAUGCCAUGUAAAAAUGAGAAAAUUGAAUGAAGUGGGACCAAUUACUGUAUUUUUUUUUUUUUUUUUACCUCUCAAGUGUCUUUCUCAGACAUGACGUGUUGAUGUAUGUGUAUAAAACUAGAUUGCUUUGAUUAUACUAAAACCAGUUAUUUUAA